CCCGGCCGUUCGGUCCCCUCACUCUUGAUAACCAAUCACUAGCCAUGUCACGUCGCAUUCUGUCGUUGCACGGGUGUUCCAUCGCUUACACGAGUAUCAGGGAAGCCGGUAGCUCAUCGCCCGAGCAAGUCGUAAUAGCGGGCGAUAGCAAUUAGGCUCUCGUGGAUCGUUACCAUGUUGAGACAGGCGUUGGAUCCCCCGCACUAGGCGUCCACCAAGCCGAUGCAAGCCUCGGAAAAUAACCGAACGAGACUCCUUGGCGAUGAUUCAGCGCGGCAUACCCUUUUCGCUCGCAGCACGAACCGUACUUCAUUAUUCUUGGGUAGAGACUUGUGCGUAGACAGUAUGGCUGUGUCGCGCUUCCAGUUGAAGUCCGGUUGGGCGUUUAAGAAGGGAUGUCGCAACUCCGACGCAGAGUACCUCCCCGCGAACGAUCUCCCCACCGAAGUACAUUUGGACCUACUUACGAACGAGAAGAUUGCCGAUCCCUUCAAAGACCUUAAUGAACUCUCUGUCCGCUGGAUUGGCGAAGAAACAUGGACCUAUCGAACGACGUUUACCGCUCCUCCGGAUUAUGGGAAGCGCGGCAUUACCACAAUCCUGAGGUUUGGCGGCUUGGAUACCUUCGCGCACGUCUUUAUCAACGGAAAGCCUCUCUUUGAUUCAGACAACAUGUUCAUAGAACAUGUCGUCGAUGUGACCGGCAGUCUGGAUAUCGACAACGGUGCGGAACAGAUUCUCGAGAUUACAUUUGAUUCAGCGAGGCAGAAGGGUCUCGAGCUUGUCAAGGAGCAUAAGGAGCACAGGUUCAUCGUGCAUCAGACAGAAAUCUCGAGAGGCCCUGUCAGAAAAGCACAGUAUGAUUGGGGCUGGGAUUGGGGUCCAAUACUCAUGACUGCUGGGCCCUGGAAACCGAUUGUACUCGAAACCUUUGAAUCGAGGAUUGUCGAUGUAUGGGUUGAGUAUGAGAUUGAUGAGGACCUGAAGCAAGUGGAAGGCAGAGUCUUUGUCGAGAUGGAGGGGUCGGGAAAACUUGAUGCGGACAUCUCCAAAGACAGGCAAUCGUUGGAGAAGCUUGAUGAUUUCAAGCCGACGACGAAACCUGGUGUGGUGAGCGCUGACUUCGAGCUUCCGGAUGCCUCUCUCUGGUGGCCGCGUGGGUAUGGCUCACAGCCUCUAUAUGUCAUUUCCGUCACGCUGCGUUCGGCUUCAGCAUCCACCAAAGCAGACACAGUUCUCGAUGAAGCAGACAAGACUAUAGGUUUCCGAAAAGUUGAGUUGGUGCAGGAAGAUGACAGUCAUGGCACAUCUUUCUAUUUCCGCAUCAACGAUGUCGACAUAUUCUGCGGCGGCAGUUGUUGGAUUCCGGCUGACUCAUUCCUUACGCGUACGACCUCUUCAUUCUAUCGAGCCUGGAUGAAGCAAGCAGCUGAGGGCAACCAAGCUAUGGUCCGGAUAUGGGGAGGUGGAAUCUACGAACAAGACUCCCUUUUCGAGGCGGCAGACGAGUUUGGUGUGCUCAUAUGGCAAGACUUUGCUUUCGCUUGCGCAAAUUAUCCUGCUCAUCGUUCCUAUCUCGCUUCCGUGGAGGUCGAAGCGCGACAAAACGUGCGAAGACUACGUAACCAUCCCAGUCUCAUCAUAUGGGCGGGCAACAACGAAGAUUACCAAAUCGUCGAGCGUUAUGGCUUGGAGUACAACUACACCACCGACAAAGAUCCGGAGUCGUGGCUCAAGACUAAUUUUCCGGCUCGCUACAUAUACGAAUACUUGCUCCCCAAGGUCAUCCGUGAAGAAACGAAAGGCGUUCCAUAUCAUCCAUCUUCCCCCUUCGGAAACGGCACUUCCACGACGCUUAAGGUUGAUCCGACUGUUGGGGAUAUACAUCAGUGGAAUGUCUGGCACGGGACUAUGGAACCCUACCAACGCCUGCCGCGAAUGGCUGGCCGCUUUGUAUCCGAAUUUGGCAUGGAAGCCUAUCCUCACGUGUCUACAUUGGAAAAAGCUAUUACCGAUCCUGAUGAGCGUUACCCAGGCUCUAUGGCCAUGGACUUUCGCAACAAAGCAAUUGGACACGAGCGGCGUCUGGUGUCAUACGUCGCUGAAAAUUUCCGCAUUCGAUAUGAUCUUGAGGGGUUCACACACCUGACACAGAUCAUGCAAGCGGACGCGCUGACGUGGGCAUACCGCUCUUGGCGUCGUGACUGGAAACAGCACGGCAACAGGAAAGUUGGCGGCGUAUUGGUGUGGCAACUGAACGACUGUUGGCCAACGAUGAGCUGGGCAGUUAUAGACUACUAUGGUGUACCCAAGCCCGCCUAUUAUGCCAUCAAGCGCACCUUGGAGCCGCUGGUCGUUGGUGUACAGAGAAAGGUGAACGAUUGGACUGUGCGACUUGCCGAUGAGCUUUGGCAGCGCGACACAAGCCACAUCGAUAUGCGUAAGAUAUGGGAGGAUGUACAAUUUGACAUCUGGGUGGCGAGCAAUAUGCGCGAGAGCAUCAACGGAAAUAUAACGGUUCAAUUCAUAUCCGUCAGAACCGGUAAAGAGAUCCUUAAUCCGCUGGAGAGAGCAGUCCGAAUUGAAACGAAUGGCACCACGGAAGUUUUUGAGAAUGAAAAGGUCAAUGUGCCCAACGCGCAAGAUCCAGACAAGCCUUUCGAUACCUCUAAUGCGGAUCCAUUCAUCAUAUACACCACACUCACAAUCCAUGAUAAGCAGGUAGCCAGCGACGUUUCAUGGCCCGAGCCAAUUAAGUAUCUUAGUUUCCCGGAUCGUGGAGUAACGGUUGAAUAUUCGGACGACAAGAAAAAAGUCUUCGUGUCUGCUGAAAAACCUGUCAAGGGCUUUGUAUUUGCUGAGAAGGAAGGUCUGAAGCUGUCCGAUAAUGGGUUCGACUUGGUUCCGGGAAGAAGGACAGAAGUGCAUGUGCAAGGAAGCGCGGCCGAUGGAUUACAGUGGAGAUACGUCGGUAGCUCUUAGUCUUCGAUGGUCGCGUCACCGAUGGAUACUUCUUCUCAUCGUCCACACACGUGAAUUUUCUUUAUUCUUGACUUUUCACCAGCGAAGGCGGAGUCCGCAGCCACCACCUAAUAGCUAUGAAUUGUACACUCAUAGAAACAUGCAGCCCGGCCGUGAAGGAGCCAUGGCAAGUUCAUCAGUUUACGUGGAUUCCAGAUCACGAUAUCUUCGCGUACAUUGCGACAUGCU